AUGUGUUGCGCCUCCACCCACUACGGGUCCCUUGCGGUACGAGCCACAACUUCGGAGCAGUGGAAUAUUCAGUUCUCGCCGUUGGGUGGUGAUAACGAAGCUGGGAGCUUUGAAGAACGCAAGAGCACCUUUGGGCAUAGACGGUCGCUGAUGCCGGGAUCCGAUAUCAAAUCUGAAUGUAGUCUAGAAUCUUGGAAAUUUUAG